UUGAAGAGACAGUCCUACGUAUCAGAUCUUUUUUCCUGUUAGAUUUCUUCCCCCCUUUUCUUUUUUCCAUUUCGGGAACUCAGAGAGUUACUAGCUGUUGUGAUUUAUUCAAAGAAGAGAUUGCAUUUGCAGUCAUGGAUUUCAGAGUACGAGCUGCAACAAAAGAAGACUGCAAAGACAUAUCGAGGAUGAUAAUGGAGCUGGCGGUUUAUGAAAAAAUGCCUGACCAGGUGGAGAUCUCUCAUAAAGAACUGGAACGUGACGGUUUCUGCCAGAAUCCCUUCUUUGAAUGCCUCGUUGCAGAAGUUCCUGAGGAGCAGAAAUCUAAAGAAGGAUUCACAGUUGUGGGCUACGCGCUGUACUUUUACACCUACAGUACGUGGAGAGGACGAGCAGUAUAUCUGGAAGACCUGUACGUGAUGCCUGCAUUUAGAGGAAAGGGCAUUGGCAAGGGUUUAUUGUGCAAAGUUGCAGAGGUGGGACGAAAGAAGGAGUGUGUGCGGCUGCAGCUGUCGGUCCUCGACUGGAACACUCCCUCUCGAGACUUCUACGCCGCCAAAGGAGCUCAGGAUCUCACCGCCAGCGAAGGCUGGCACUUUAUACGCUUUGAUGGACAAAACCUGGAGAAGUUAGCAAACGAGGCGCCGAAAGAUUAGAUGUUUAAAAAGAAGAAAUCUUUUCUUUUUUCUUUUUUACCAAUGUGUAAUGUGAGAUAAUCCACUUUUAAUUUAUUCAUGUCUUCACCAACUGAUUGGUGUAAUUUAAAAACGAUCACCUUUAGUAGCUAAUUUAAUGGAGAUUGUAUUUUGUUAUUGUCAUAUUUGAUUAAAUAAAUCUUUUGCUGAUA